AUGGGAAAUCUGUUUGCUAAUUUGUUUAAAGGCCUGUUUGGCCGAGCUGAAAUGAGAAUACUGAUGGUUGGCCUGGAUGCCGCUGGAAAGACUACAAUUUUAUACAAAUUGAAGCUCGGAGAAAUUGUUACAACUAUUCCAACAAUUGGUUUCAAUGUUGAGACAGUGGAAUACAAAAACAUCAGCUUCACAGUGUGGGAUGUCGGUGGUCAGGACAAGAUCAGGCCUCUGUGGCGGCACUAUUUUCAAAACACUCAAGGUUUAAUUUUUGUCCUAGACAGCAAUGACAGGGAAAGAGUCGGUGAGGCCAGAGAAGAGCUGAUGCGAAUGCUGAAUGAGGAUGAACUAAGAGAUGCCAUUCUUUUAGUUUUUGCCAACAAACAGGACUUGCCAAACGCGAUGAAUGCCGCAGAGAUAACAGACAAGCUAGGACUCCACUCACUCCGCAACAGGCAGUGGUUCAUCCAGGCCACGUGUGCCACCAGCGGUGACGGCCUGUACGAAGGCCUGGACUGGCUAUCCAACUGCUUGAAGAAGAAAACAUAA